AUGCUUUCAGGAAAAAUCACUGGAAUUACAUUAAAAAUUGAUCAAUUUGGAAAUCAUUUAAACUCAUAUGGUGAAGUUUGUGACUAUGAAUUAGAACUUUUUAGAUUUACAACAUCUAAAGAAACAGGCAUGCAAGAUCUAAAAGUAGAUGAUUUACUUGUUCCUUGUGAUGCAGCUGCAUUUUUAGAUAAAAGUAAUAGUUUUUUACCUCCAGUAACUAAAGAGAAAGAUAGACAUUAUCUUAAUGCCAUAUAUAUGUUUCAAUAUUUUAAUAAUCUAAAAAUUCCUGCAUAUGAUACGCAUCUUUCCUCUCUUUCAGCUGAAGAUCACUCAAGAUAA